UUUUCACAUGAUCGUCAUCGUCAUCACGAAAGAUGGCGUCCCCCAUGCCUUUGAUUGGAGUACGCGGCAGCACCGGGGUGUCCCUUUAUGAAGGUGACUUGAGCAGCAGCGAGUGCAGGGACAGCAGCAAUAGCUGUAGGUGCAUAGCAUUCAGUAAGGAUGGCAAACUCUUCGCCUGGAACACCCAAGAAAAGGUGUACGUGGUCUCUCUGCCAUCCCUGGAAAAGCGCUUGGAGGUGGACCUGCCUCGAACGCAAGCGAUGGCCUUCUCUCCGAAAGGGACCGUUCUAGCACUGUGGCAGCUCUACACUGCACAAAAGGAGAACCUCCACCUCCUGGACACCAAGGACGGACGGACGCUCGCAUCUUUUGUCCACAAGAAGCAGUCUGACUGGCAGCCCCAGUGGAGCGAAGACGAAGAAAUAUGUGCCAGAGGUGUAAAUAAUGAAGUCCUGGUGUUCGAAAACAAUGCUUUUGAAAAGCCAUCCACCAAGCUCCACCUGCAGAAAAUGUCAGAAUUCAGCCUCGCCCCUGGAGGGAAGCCCUACCACAUGGCUUGUCUGGUGCCAGGCAGCAAGGGCCAGCCGUCUUUCGUACGUGUCUUCUGUCAUCCGCAUUUUGAUGGGCCCAAUGCUGGGGUUGCCAACAAGAGCUUCUACAAGGCAGACAGGGUUGAUUUCUUUUGGAACAAGAAAGGCAAGGGUUUACUGCUGCUGACAAGUACAGAUGUAGACAAGACAGGUGCCUCCUAUUAUGGAGAUCAAGGGCUUCACUUUCUCAGGACAACUGGAGACACAGCCAUCGUCAAAAGAAACAAGGAGGGACCCAUCUAUAGUGUGGCUUGGAGUCCCCAGUGUGACCACUUCUGCGUCGUCUACGGAUUCAUGCCUGCAAAGGCUGCACUUUUCAACCUCAAUUGCGACCUCAUCUUUGAAAUGGGCACGGGGCCACGCAACAGCGUCUACUACAACCCCCAUGGAAGCCUGCUGAUCCUUGCUGGUUUCGGCAACCUGCGAGGAAACGUGGAAGUGUGGGACGUUAAGGCGCAGAAACUCGUGUCCAAGAGUCAAGCGUCUGAUUCCACCCUUUUGGAGUGGAGCCCCGAUGGAGAGCAUUAUCUGACGGCUACCACAGCACCGAGGCUCAGGGUGGCUAACGGGAUGAAGGUGUGGCACUACACGGGCAGUCUUCAACACGAAUACAUGUGGCCAGCAAACGAGGAGCUGUGGGAUGCCCAGUGGCAGCCAGGAGGCAGUUUCGAGGCCAAACCCAUCACUUACGUUCCAGUAGCUGGAAUACAGUCGUCCCAGCCUCAGGCAUCAAAGCAGGUGUACAGGCCUCCAGGGGCCAGGAAAGAAGAGAAACAAGAGAAACCUCCAGAAGUCAACAGAGAAAGAAAGAUGAAGAAUAUCAAGAAGAAGUUGCAGCAGAUCACAAUCCUUAAGGAACAGCUACAGAAAGGGGUCACCCUAGAAGCCAAUCAGUUGGAGAAGCUCAAGAAGGAACAGGAAUUACUUCAGGAACUGCAGAGCCUAAAAGUGUGAUAUUGCGAAGGACAUGUCAUGUUGCUUCUUUGCCAAUAAAACUCUUGUACAAUA